UCCAAUGUAUAUAUAUUUUUUUACCGCAAAGAAAUACUUUCUCUAAUAAUCCUAAAAUAAAAACCUAAAUAAAAUAAACCUAAGAACUGGCCCUAAAAACCCCAAAUUAGCUCCCCAAAUUUAUUCUCUAUCAGCUCUACCAAUGGGGUUCUUGAGUACUAUGUUUAAUUGCAAAAACAUGCACGAAGGGGUCUGCUUAGGGGUGCACAAAUAAACUCAAAAACCGCAGUGACCGCCUGCUCCGUCCUGCCCACUUUGGGCGGUUAUAAUUGAAACCGCUUUUCAACUGGCGGGUGGUUCCAAACCGUCUAACUAAGCGGGCGGGGCUGGAUUGAGUUUUUCAGGAAACAGUGGUUGAUAUUGAAAUGAAUGAGAAUGAGUUGGAGGAUAAUGCUCAAUCUAAUGAAGGAGAAGAUAUGCCAAUGGAAAUUAACGAAAAAACAACCAGUAUUCCGGCGAGGACAUCGGAGAUACCAGAUUUUGUGAAAGGCGUUGAGCGAGAGGCAAGGAGAUCGACGGAGCGACCCGGAGGGAGGCGAAGACGCCGGCGCGGCGGAGUCCCAGACGGAGUAAGAGACACGGCAGACGAAGACAUCAUUGACGGAGUUGUCGACGGUGGGCGACGAGGAGAGAGUCAAAAGACCAUAGACGCCGUCGACGGUGCCGAAGGAAGAGAGUUCAGAAAUGAGUUGAGGCAAUGGGGGAAGAGGUGCACUCGAGAAUGGAGACUUCACGCUGCCAUCGAAAAAUUCCUCGCCGGAACUUCAUCAGCACCGCCAUCAAAGAACAAGGGCGAUCUCCAUCGCAAGAAAGAAAAAGGGAAAUGUCAACUCUAGCUUAAAGUAUCGUUGGUGGGCAACAAAAUUGGUUGGGUAAUCGAAGAAUAUAUAUGGCUGUAAGGGUUUAUUGGUAGAAAGAUCAUAUAUGGGUUAAGAUGGGGAUCAAAGAUCAACGUGUUGUUUAGUUGGAAGAUUUAUAUCAUGAUUUGAAUCAUAAUUUAUGAUGUAACGACACUCUUACGAGACCGCCACCGUAGCUUACUUUUUAACUUGUACUUAUUGGGGUUUCUUAAA